UGUGAUUCAGCAUGUUUAUAAUUCAUUCUCUUUAAAGUAGGUCACGAUAUGUCUAUCGAACUAAAGGCGUAUGAAAAGUCACUUGUUUUCACAAUGAAGUUCACGAAAAGAAAAGAUCAGCAGUCUUGCAUACUGGGCUUCCGUUGUCAUUUUUGUAAAUUUGUCAUUUCAAAUUAAUAGGCACCACAAGAUAUUUUAUGACCCUAUCGAGCCGAUCCAUCCGUCUAUGACUUGAAGUUCAAUAUCCAACUUCAUAUCAGCACCAACAAUGGCCUGUGAUAUUAUUGAGAUUUCUCACCAUAUUAAUGUGAAUCACAAGCAAGCCUGUACGGACCUUGAGAAGGCCAGUCUAUUCAUCACAGAAGCAUUGCAGAGUGAGAUCCAGAGGAAUACAACUCUGUGCAUGUUAAUCCACCGUCUGGAAGAGAGGGCGGCUGAGAAUGGAAGGAGCCUAUCAGAGCAGACGGAGUCAAACCGGCAGGUGAAGCUCCAGGUGGAUGAACUGCAGAAACAAUUGGAGGAGAAAGACAACUCACUAACACAAGCCAAACAAAGUAUUGCUGUCCUGAAGAAUGAACUGGGGGACCUGAAACAGCAGCUGCAGAGCCACCAGAGUAAUCAUAGGACGAUUCAGGAAGUGACUGAGUGGCAACAGGAUGAGAGUCGGGCCAAUAUUGUGAAAGAGGAGGAUGGUGUCCAGCAGAAUGUUCUUGUUGCAGUUAAAGAGGAAGAUGCUAAUGAUGCAUAUCCGUGUAGUCAGUCAGAUGAAACGGACACCUCCACAGAACAGACAAACUCCUCAUCUGCAGGCAUUAGAAUGGAACUGGUACAGGAGGGGGAUGAAAAGUUAGACAUGACUCAAAUCAUCAGCGCUGAUCCAGAUGCGAUCAAGUUUUUGAGAUUAUCAGUGAAAUUGGUUGACUGUUGUGUAACACAAGGUCAUCAAAGAACAACCAGCAAGAACAUUGAAGAUGGAGAAAAUCCCAAUCAUGAAAGGAUAGCAGGAAAGAGAUCAGAAAUGCCAUCGUCUGCAGUCCCCAAAUUCUCCGCCGUCCCAGAGACAGAGGUGGAUAAUGGGAGGCCAUAUAAGUCUCCUGCCUGUGGAGAGGAUUUCCCCAGCAAGUCAACAAUGGAAAAGCACCAGCAGGGCACUCACACAGGAGAGAAGCCUCACCUCGAACAAGAACAGCACACACACACAGGAAAAACGUCCCACCAUCACCACCACGAACAUCAUGGCCAACGUGUUGUGAGGGCCAAUGCUCUCUCUGCACACAAGCGCACUGAUACAGGGCAGAAGAGCCACCAUUGUGAAGAAUGUGUAAAGAGUUUCACUCAUGCAGUUGACCUCAGGAGGCACAAGCUCAUCCACACAGGAGAGAGACCGUACCAGUGUCCAGAGUGCGGCAGGUGUUUUACUCAGUUGGGGCAUCUCAAAAGACACAACCUCAUCCACACAGGAGAGAGGGGCCACCACUGUGAACAGUGUGGUAAGAGUUUCAAACAUGCAGGAGACCUCAGGAGGCAUCAGGUCAUCCACACAGGAGAGAAACGCCACCACUGUGGACAGUGCGGUAAGAGUUUCAAACAUGCAGGAGACCUCAGGAGGCACAAGCUCAUCCACACAGGAGAGAAGAGCCACCACUGUGGACAGUGUGGCAAAUCUUUUGUACGGUUGGAAAGACUAAAAGAACACCAGCGCCUUCACACAGGGGAGAAACCGUACCUCUGUGGACAGUGUGGGAAGAGUUUCAGGGAAGCAAGCAACUUCAGGAGGCACAAGCUCAUCCAUACAGGAGAGAGGCCUUAACAGUGUACAGAAUGUUGAGGAUCUUUUUCUCUGUUUAGUAUCUAAGAAUGCACCUACACACUCACACAGGGGACAAAGCCACCCAACCGCUGUAAAAAGUGUCAAACGCUGCGUAAAUGUAUGACAUCUCACCUCACGUUCACACAUGCGUGUUACACUUGGGAAGAACUAGACCAACUCGCCAGGCGAACUUUUUUUCGCGUUCAUGUAGUUUACGAGGCUAGUUCUGGAGUUCUGUUCUUAUAGAUAACCUGUAAAUGCAUGUGUGUAAAGUUAUUACCUUGUAGAAACUUGCACAUUUCCUUACCCAAAAUCAUGUAGUUUUAUUCUGUUUCAAAUUUUUAAUGAAAUGUAUGUAUAUUGCUGACUUAAAAGAAAACACUAAAACAUUGUCUUAUUCAUUCUUAAUUCUUUCAGUUUCAUUAUUUUUGGUUAGAAAAUGGUUUUGGUUCCCCUAAAUCACCUGUAACAGGAAAGAUUUAAUUGAGUGAGAGGUUUAUUAAAUGUCAACGUGAGGAAGAAAAAAAAAUAACUAUGUGUCUGUUGAGGUCCAUCUCAUUAUCUGACCUCCCGGGCUUGUGCUACGAACGGAUGGAGCUCAACCUACCCAGAACUAACCCAGGGUUAACUUGGUAAACUGGGGUUGACCAAAACCUGGCUACCGUGACUGGGGGUUAACCUGUACUACGACGCUGAUUGUCUACCCCGAGUUGCCUAGACCAGAGUAUCUGCGCGUUCUCGUAGCAGGGCAAUCCUGGCCAAUCAGAGAGCGGUUAUGAUCAAUUAUUUCUGCAGCAGCGCAUUAAACUGGAACGCUGAGAAAUGAAAAGAGACGCUAGUGCAUAAUGAUACCUAGGUCAAUUGUUAAAAUUUCACUUGGGCGAAAAUGCGCAGCUGUCAUCACAACAGUUUAGUAGCCCUUCUUAAAUUGUCCCGUAAAAUAACAACCAAGAUUGUUUUAGAUACUGCAAUAAUGUGCAGCCACUUCUUCACGUCUCUUACUUAGAGGAACACUGUAGGCCUACAGGACAUGAUCAAAAAAGGUACUGCAACUAUGCUGCUCAU